GGAAGCAGAAGAAACUCAUAGACAUGAGCUUGAUGAAGGCCUGUUUUACUUUGUUGCUUUUCAUCCUACUCAUCUCACAUGUGGCUACACUACAUGAGAGCCUUAGAAUAGACCUGAAAUGUCAAUGCCAAAUGAAGACAUCAUUGUAUAUCCAACAAAGAUCAUGGCACCAGCUUGAAUUUUUUCCUGCGUCAAACCACUGCCGGACUAUGGAGGCUAUAAUAACGUUAAAAGAUCGUCGACGUAUCUGUGUGAAUCCCACGGCUCCAUGGUUUGUAAGAGUGAUGGAACGGCUGAUCUUCAGGCAAAACAAAAGCACUAAAGAAAUUGAAAACAAGAAUGCUGGAGCAACAUAAAUCCCAAGCACAGCCAUCCCAAUGACAGAAUCCUGAAGUCACAUGGGUAACAUAAGCUUGUCCUACAGCUUUGGGAACUAAAUUCAAACUGUAAUUACUGUACCAGACAACAAAAUUUAAAAUGGAGUCUACUUUUUAAAUAUCACUGUGCCCCAUUCCUGUCAGUCACAUGCUUUUAAAGAUGAUAAGCAUUGCUCAAGUACUUAAGGUGAACUCAGAGCUAAAAGAAAAAUAUUUGUUUUCAGUCAGAUCUAUGACAGUGUGCAUUGUUCUCUCCUGUUCAGUGUGUUAUUUUUAUUAAGCUUACUUGUUGUUACGAGUAUAUUUAGAUCCUGGACUUACAAUGCAUAGCUCUCAGUUGUUGUGUUGUGUCUUUCGGCUUAUCCUGGUUAGGGGUCGCCACAGCGGAACUCCGGUGUGCUAAUG